AUGCGAUUAUUAUUGCGGAUAUCGCUCACUCUACUUUCUAUUGGAGUCGUCGGAAUCAAUGCACUCGAAAAGCGGGCCAUCGUUCCGGCGGCUCCUGCAGCCAAAACAUCCGAGAUAGUCGAGGGGUCCGGCUCGCCGAAUGUACAAAAAUACGCGGGCCCCGACCAGGAGACCGUCGUCCAGGGGAGUGGCUACCCCACCGAUGAUGAGGAUGACGUUGUACAAGGAUCGGGUAUGCCAGCUGUCGUCGAAGGCUCCGGCGCACCUGCCUGGCAACCGGUGCCCGUUUUGACGACCACCACCACCACUACUACAGCACCUCCCCGCCAAACCGACGACGACAAGAAGUACAUCGUCGGCGAGGAGAUCAACCUCCAGACAACCCCCGCGGUCAGGAGACAAGAGAUCUUCGAGAUCCCACGCACCACCGAGAUCCCGGUCGUCAAGUUCGAGGCGGUCGAGACGAGGGAGCCGCCGAGGUUAACGUCUACCGUCGCCCCGACGACACCGAGGACGACACGGAGACCGGCCAUUCCGGCAGCCAUUCCGCCCAGGGACGACGAGUCGACGCCAUUCCACCACAUGUUGAAGCCGGGUGUCUUUGCAGCGAUCGUCGGCGGUGCCAUCGUCGGCCUGCUCGCCACCGUGUUCAUCAUCGUGUUCAUCGUCUACCGCAUGCGCAAGAAGGACGAGGGCAGCUACGCACUCGAUGAGCCCAAGGCACGUCCGUACGCCGGAUAUGCAUACACCAAGGCGUCGACCAAGGAAUUCUACGCC